CUACAAAACACGUGUGCUAGAGGUAAACGAUGGUAUACUGCACGACGUCAAUGUCUGGUUUUUUUGUUUGUGUGUUGUGCUUUCACCAUCGCUUCAGGAAAACGUCGCCCUAUAUAUAGCGCCAACAUAUGCUCUCUCACUUUGCGCAAUCCAAGCGUUCGCUAUCUUGGCACAUUCAACGUGACAUCAGAUAUGAGGUUCUUAUGCUGCUGUUUUAUUUUCACCGUCAACGUGGUUCUUGAUCUAGCUUACUCAGAGAAAGCACCAGACAGGUGUUUUCAGCAACCGGAAACUGGUAACUGCCGAGCAUACCAGCCUACUUGGUAUUUUGAUUCGAAAUUUUCACGUUGUAAAAUGUUCAUCUAUGGUGGUUGCGGUGGAAAUGACAACCAGUUCACUUCAGAAAAAAAGUGCCUGUCGGUGUGCCUACCAUCAUCGCCGCAAAAACGUGUCUGCAGCCCUAAGCCUAAACCUGGACGUUGCAAGAUCCCAUCGAAUUUCUGGUAUUUUGAGCCUGGUUCAGCCACUUGCCAUAGGUAUAAGCGCGGCGUCUGUGAACGAGGCGCAAACAAGUACCCAUCGUGUGACAAGUGCAUGGCGACUUGCACUAAUAUGAACUUCCGACAGAGGUGCCGUGAGCUUAUGAAAUCGGAACCCGGCCCAGGAGGACCAGAAUAGGCAACUACAUUCAGAUGCUCCCCUGAAUCGCUUUCAAUGGCGGUGUCGCGCCCAUUACGAACGCUUUCAUGGAGCUUGAAAAUGAACUCUUCAAUGCAUACAAAUAUCAGAUUGUCUUGUAUUCUCAUCAUAUAAACGA